AUGUUCACCUACGUUUUGCUCACCACAGAUCCUCCAACACCACUGUUGCAAAUUACAGUUCCGAGGAAGAUUGAAACUACUGAUGGCGUCGUUUCAGAAAGUCAGGUCACUUAUGUCAUCGAAAUUGAUGGGAAAACAUACACUCUUCAUCUUGAAAAGCAGUCUUUUUUACACCCUCUUUUCUUGGUGUAUUCAUACAACAAAUCAGGAAUAUUGCAUCCCGAUUAUUCAUUUAUUAAGGAGCAUUGCUUUUAUCAAGGAUAUGUUGCAGAGAUUACAAAAUCAGUUGUAACGGUUAGCACCUGUUCUGGACUCAGGGGAAUAUUGCAGUUGGAGAAUGUCAGUUAUGGCAUUGAACCUUUGGAAUCUGCUAUUACAAAUGAGCAUAUGCUUUAUCAAAUAAAGAAUAAUGAAAUUGAUUUUCCCCCUGUACAAGAAAAUUACUCUGUAUCCCAAUUUGAUGAUCAAUCCUACAGAAUUCUUGUGAAAUCAAACAAAAAUUCAGAUAUGGAGCUGUUGAAAAGAAAACUCAAAAUACAAAUCAUUAUGGAUAAAGCCUUGUAUGAUUAUAUGGGCUCUGAGGUGGCAGUUGCAACUGAAAAGGUCGUCCAUGUCUUUAGUCUUCUUAACACUAUGUUUUCCCACUUAAAAAUGACUGUUACCCUAACUUACUUGGAGAUCUGGUCAGAUACAAAUAAGAUUUCAACUGACGGGGAUGCUGACGAUGUACUACAAAGGUUUUUGACAUGGAAACAAAAAUUUUUGAUUCAAAGGCCCUAUGAUAUGGCAUACUUUUUAAUUUAUAGGGACCAUCCUAAUUAUAUGGGAGCAACAUAUCAUGGAAUGGCAUGCAAUCCAAAGUUGGCUGCAGGAAUUGCUCUGUAUGCCAAGUCAGUAACUUUAGAGUCAUUUUCAGUUGUUAUGGCACAGCUGCUUGGAAUUAACCUGGGAUUAACAUAUGAUGAUGUCUACAAUUGUUAUUGUCCAGGAGCUACCUGCAUCAUGAAUCCCGAGGCAAUACGUUCCCGUGGUGUAAAGUUUUUUAGCAGUUGCAGCAUGGAUGGAUUUAAACAUAUGCUGUCACAGCCUGAAUUUGAAUGUCUUCGGAACCAAACAGUUUCAAAAGUGGUUAUUCAAGGAAAACAAAAUUUUGUUUGCGGCAAUGGAAUUUUGGAACAAGCAGAGCAAUGUGACUGUGGUGAGCCAAAGGAUUGUCAGUAUAAAAAAUGCUGUAAUCCUAGAACUUGUACUCUGAUUGGAUUUGCAGAAUGUGGCACUGGACCAUGCUGUGACAAAGAUACCUGUCUGAUAUCUGAAAGAGGAAAAGUAUGUAGGGAAAGAAGAGAUCUGUGUGAUUUUACAGAAUAUUGUAAUGGAAUGGAGGAGAAUUGUGGGGUUGAUAUUGUAUCUGCUGAUUUCGAACCAUGCUAUAAUGAUACUGCUUUUUGCUUUCAAGGACUUUGCCGAAGUACAGAUUUCCAGUGUAAAAGGUUAUUUGGAAAAUUUGCUAGAGGUGCUGAUUAUCUCUGUGCAGAAGAAGUGAAUCUUCAUUCAGAUGAUUUUGGAAACUGUUACCUACAGUGGUGUGAUUAUGAGAAUACCAUUUGUGGAAAAGUAGUUUGUCAUUGGACACAUGCAGAAAGAAUACCACACACUACUUUUGAUGUUCAAUAUACUUACUAUGGAGGCCAUGUGUGUGUGUCUGCAAGUUUCAGAAAUUUUUCAAAGCAGUUGCAUAGUGAUACUUCCUAUGUGGAUAAUGGCACUAAAUGUGAUGAAUAUAAGUUUUGUUAUAAUGCCCGUUGUACAAGCAUGUUUCAACAUCCACUUGUACCAAAUUGUAACUCCAAGCAAAAAUGCAACGGACACGGGGUUUGCAAUAAUCGCUUUCAUUGUCAGUGCGAUGUUGGAUAUGCACCACCAGCUUGUGAGUCAACACCAUCAUCACCAGGAGGAAGUAUAGAUGAUGGGUUUUGGUUAACAACAGAUCAAAGUGCAAUUUUGCUUGAAAGACAACGAAGACGACGACGACGUGCUCACAACAAUGGUCUUUUGAUCAGUUUCUACAUUUUUCUACCUUUCCUCGUUUUAACUGUAGUCAUUGCUCUAAAAUGGAAAAACGUGAAGGGAUUAUGGAAUAGAGUGGAAACAGUAAGUGAAGGAUCUAUCUCAGAAGACAGCAGUAGCAAUAGCAACCUGUCAUACAACUAAAGUAACUAAACCAUGUCAAAAAGCCAUAGGUUGGAGAAAGGAUAUAACCAAGAAAUUCAGCAUUUAACCGGCCUGAUCUAGGAAUGGGAAAUACAGUUUUUCUCUUUGUUAUGGCUUAAGGUUGUCA